AUGAGCUCCGUCCGACUAGCCGCACGACGGCCAAUCUUCCGCUGCCUCAACACACCGUCUGCGCCCUGCCGUUCCAGUCCGCCAGUGCGACAAGCCAGUCGAUAUGCCAAAGAAGACAUUGAAGCCGUAUUGAGGAACAUUCGGCCAAAAGGCCCCCGCAGAGACGAUGACAUGGUCUCGGUGCACCGCGCUGAACAGAUUCGUCGUGCCAAAGCAAUACGCAAACGGAAUUGGCUUGCGCUCGGUGCUGCCCUGUCAAUGAUUGCACCCAUCUUCCUGGUUAGAUUGUGGGAUGUGCCACUUGAGCCCAAGGACGGAGCUUCAAAAGAGCAAAACAGUCGCGGAGCAGUAGACAUGAUCUUGGGCCCGCCCACUAAGACCGAUGCACCCCGCAAGAUCGUAGACGAAUGGCAAGGCAAAAAGGUUGUCAUCGCUGCCGGAGACAAAGUGAUCGCCGCACCAGCAACCAGCGAGAAUCCACAAGCCUCAGAUCCAGACGCCAUUGAGCUCGUAGAGACAGGCACAUCCUACGUCCCCUACUUCCCGCGCACCAUCCGUCUUCCCGCUGACACAGCGGGACCCGAGAACAUCGCCAGCGAUGCAGAAUACCAACUGCUCGGCCUCGGUAUCCGAAAGGUCUCGUUCUUGAGAGUGCAGGUCUACGUGGUUGGACUCUACGUAAAGACAGCAGACAUGUCCAAACUCCAAAAUCAUCUCAUCAACACUGUCAACCCCACCGCCUCUGCCCUCAUUCCUGGUGAAAAAGACGAACUCCGCUCCGCCCUCCUUGACCCCGAAAAGAGUACGCAGAUCUGGGAAUCUGUCCUGGAUAAAAAAGGUGCAGACGCAAUCGACAUGGCAUUCCGCGUCGUACCCUGCCGUGGCACAGACUUCAAGCACCUACAGGACGGAUGGAUGCGCGGUAUUGCCUCGCGUACCGACGAAGUCAGGCGGAAACAAGCCGAACUCUUGCGUCAACAGGCUACAGAAAAUAAAGCCAUUGCCCUACCUAAGCCCGUCGAGGAGAGCGAAUUCUCCGACGAAUCCUUUGGCCUCGCCAUGAAGGACUUCAAAAAUCUCUUCCAUGGCAAGGGCAAGGCGCCCAAGGGUAGCGUCAUCAUUCUCACACGGAGUAAGAGUGGUGCGCUGGGUGCGUUGUAUCAGCCCCUUGUCAAGGGCGAGCAAGCGGAGAAGAUGGGCAAGUCCGCUUGGCUGGGCGAGGUGAAGGAUGAGAGGGUCAGCAGGCUGGUCUGGUUGUUGUAUCUUGCGGGUGGAACUGUGAGCUCGGAGGAUGCGAGGAAGAGUAUUGUCAAUGGCUGCAUUGGGAUUACUGAGCGCCCCGUUGGUACGGUGGAGACCAUGGUGCAGUAA